CAUGGGGUUCAGUGGGACCCAGCCUCCGUGACUUGGUUAUCCUCGCUAUGCGAGGGACGGAAGAAAGAGGCUGGGUCCACAAAACUGUCCUUUCUAUGAUGCCAGAACUGUGCAUGGCAAACAUCUCAACUAGAGUCUCAGGGAUGACCACCCCCUCUGAGGGUAGGAGGGAGCCGCUGGGAGUCACAGAAAGCCUGUGGCCAUCAGAGCCCAUCACCCUGGGGCCGGAGACAUCUGCCCGGCAGCUGGUCCUGAAGAAGAUCCAGGACUUGUCCAUCUCGGGCCACCAAGACCCCUUCAUGGUGGCUGACUUGGAUGUGCUGGCCAGCCGACAUCAGACCUUCCUCCAGGCCCUGCCCCGAGUCUGGCCCUUCUACGCGGUCAAGUGUAACAAUAGGCCCAGCCUGCUGCUCGUUUUGGCUGCCCUGGGCACCGGCUUUGACUGUGCCAGCCAGGGGGAGCUGGAGCAGGUGCUGGGCUUGGGCGUGGCCCCCUCACGAAUCAUCUUCGCCAAUCCCUGCAAGGCCGUCUCCCACAUCCAGUACGCAGCCCGCUGUGGGGUGCAGCUUCUGACCUUUGACAGUGAGGAGGAGCUGACUAAGCUGGCCCGGCACCACCCUGGGGCUAGGUUGAUCCUCCGGAUACAGACCCUGGGUGGUCGAAGCACCUUCCCACUGCACACCAAGUUCGGAGCCCGUUUGUUGGCAUGUGGACGCCUGCUCCAAGUUGCCAGAGAGCUGGGGUUGGCUGUGGUGGGGGCCUCCUUCCACGUGGGUUCCGACUGCCACACACCCCAGAGCUACAGGCAGGCCAUCGCUGACUGCCAUCGUGUGUUUGAGAUGGGCUGCAAGGCUGGCCACCAAAUGAGCCUCCUGGAUCUUGGUGGGGGCUUCCCAGGAAUUGAGGGCUCUGAAGCCAAAUUCGAGGAGAUGGCGAGAGUGGUCAACGCUGCCCUGGCACAGUACUUCCCUGAGGGGACCGGUGUCGAGGUCAUUGCGGAGCCUGGCCGCUUCUAUGCAGAGUCCGUGUGUACAGCUGCCGUGAACAUCAUAGCCAAGAAGGCCUCCCUGGAGCCAGGAGGCCACAGGAAGCUGGCAUACUACCUCAAUGAGGGCCAUUAUGGUGCCUUCCGAAUCUUUCUCAGGGAUCCUGUCCCCAGGAUACCCAUAGUGGUAAAGGAGUUACCCUCGGAUCCCCAUCUCUUCCCCUGUACUCUUUAUGGCCCCACCUGCGAUGCCUUUGACCGGCUCUUUUCAACAGAGGUUCAGUUGCCAGAGCUGGAUGUGGGUGACUGGCUGGUUUUCCCUGACAUGGGUGCCUACCGUAGCACCAUGAGUUCCACCUUCAAUGGCUUCCCAAUCACAACUGUCUAUGAUGCCAUGAGCCCUCAACUCAGGAGCCUACUGGAGACAGUACCUUAAGCCAAGACAUGGCCAUACUGGAAAGGAGACAGAUACCUGUCUCUGCCAGGCCUUUCAAGACCCACUAAGUUGUGUCACAACCCAUUCCCACCUUCUGAGGGAAUCUUCCAGCAUCCUUGACCUGAAGAGAAUCCCCCACCGUCAGACAUCCAGCGGAGAGUGUGGGCUGGAGACCCUUCCUGUGAAUGUGGGAAAGGCUCAGCCCUCAGGACAGUGUGAUGCUCAUUUGGCCUCUCCACAGCUUGCAACUUAGGAGCAGAAACAUUAAUCUCUAUCUAUCAAAGGAGUUUCAAAUUACAGAUAUGAUUGGGCUUUGGCGAGAAUAAAAACUAUUUAGAUGCAAGAGCUGGUGUGUUCUGCUUGUUCUGUGGGUGUAGUUAUCUAGGAGUAUGAAUAUUUAUAUCCAUCCAUCCAUCCAUGCAUCUAUAAUCCAU